AUGGACUUCUCUCUGGGCCUACGUCUGGGGCCUCGGAACAAGAAAGCCAGCCAUCAACAGCCACCUGCACCCUCUGGACACUGCCCACCAGCUGCCUCCCCUUGUCCGUCCUGCCUGCCCUCUGCCUGUGCCGGCCCCUGCCCAGCCUGUCCCCUUCCCGCCUGCUGCUCCGCCUAUCCUUCCUACACGGCUCCCUGCCCCUCCUGUCCCGGCCUCCCGGGCCCACCCUGCACCUGCUCCUGCCCCCCCUGCCCCGCCUGUCCUCCCUUGACUUACCCCCACAGUGCCUGCAGCCAGUGCUCUGGCCAGCCCCUGGCCUGCUGCCGCCCCUCUCCCUGCCCCAUGUACCCUUGCUCCAGGGGUCGAGCCACCUGUUCCAGCUCCUGCUUGGGCUGCAGUGACGGCUGUGGCUGUGGUCGAGGGGCUGCCUGGGGUCCUCCAGGCUCCCCUGGCCGCUGCAGCUGCUGCUUUAGGGGACAGCGCACCUCUCGGCACUGUCUGAUUGUCUAG